AUGUCUUCGAGGUACAGGGUGGAAUAUCAUUUGAAGAGUCACCGCAAGGAUGAAUUUAUAGAUUGGGUGAAGGGGCUAUUGGCCUCCCCUUUUGUUCUGCAUGCUGUCUCUCAUGAAGGUGACUACAAUGAUGACUUAGCAACAACUCAACGUGUAAGAUCACAGUAUGCUGACAUCUUCAAAGAUAUCGAGGGGCUGAUUAAAGACAAAAUAGAAUUUGACUCCAGGAAUAUUAGCCAAGACGAAAUUGAAGACGGAGCUUCUUCUCAGUCUUUGAAUAUAUUGGGACAAUCGCGUUUGAAUCUUUUGGUCCCAUCAAUUGGGACAUUCUUUACGGAACUUCCAUUAGAGCAAGCUUUUCUAUGGGAAGAUUCACAAAGGGCCAUUUCUGCGCGUAGAAUGGUGGCACCUAGCUUUAAUGACAUCAGACAUAUCUUAAACACCGCACAAAUCUUUCACUUUAAGAAGCAGGAAAAUUUGCACAAUGGUAAGAUUUUGAGAUUAGUGACUUUUGAUGGAGAUGUCACGUUGUAUGAAGAUGGUGGCUCACUUGUUUACACUAACCCUGUAAUCCCUUAUAUUCUUAAGCUAUUGCGAUGCGGUAUCAAUGUGGGAAUAGUCACAGCCGCUGGAUAUGAUGAAGCUGGAACCUAUGAGAACAGAUUGAAAGGGCUAAUUGUGGCAUUACACGAUUCAACUGAUAUACCGGCUACUCGGAAGCAAAAUUUAACAAUUAUGGGUGGUGAGUCGAGUUACCUUUUCCGUUAUUAUGAAGACCCGGAGGAAGAUAACUUUGGUUUUAGACAAAUUGACAAAGAGGAAUGGCUAUUACUUAGAAUGAAGGCUUGGUCUCUCGAGGAUGUGGAGAAGACCUUAGACUUUGCCGAAAGGACUCUCAACAGGUUAAGAAAAAGAUUAAACCUACCUUCAGAGAUUGCUAUUAUUCGUAAAGUCAGAGCCGUGGGUAUCGUCCCUGGCGAACGGUAUGAUGAAGCUUCUAAAAGACAAGUUCCAGUUAAACUUGAUAGAGAACAAUUGGAAGAAAUAGUUUUAACCCUUCAAAACACUUUAGAGUCUUUUGCGCCAUCUAGGAGAAUUCAAUUUAGCUGUUUUGAUGGUGGCAGUGAUGUUUGGUGUGAUGUUGGGGGAAAAGACCUUGGUGUUCGCUCGCUGCAGCAAUUCUACAACCCUGAAGCCCCUAUCAAGCCUUCUGAAACCUUGCAUGUUGGUGACCAAUUUGCGCCGGUGGGAUCAGCAAAUGAUUUCAAGGCAAGAUUAGCCGGAUGUACCCUCUGGAUAGCAUCUCCUCAAGAAACAGUAAAUUAUCUUCAUAGAUUAUUAGAAACUGAUUAG